AUGGCUCGUUCUUCGAGGAGACUGUUAGUAGCGGUCAAACACCAUGACUUCAAGCGAUGUGAGCAGUCCGGCUUCUGCAAGAGGAACCGGGCACUUGCAGAUUCCAUGACUGAGAAAGGCGGGCCUGACUCCUCUCCCUACCAGCUGGACGGUGCAUCGAUCAAGUUCAAGGACGGCCGCUUAGAAGGCUCCAUAGUCAAGACGUUGCAGGAUGGCGAAGCGGUCAAGCUCCCUAUGACUAUCACAUUUCUCGAGCGAGGAAACGUGCGCGUCACAAUCGACGAAGAGAAGAGGAAGAAGGGAGAGAUUGAGCUGAGACACGGCAGUGUGGCCCGGAAGGAAAGAUACAAUGAAGCCGCUGCAUGGGCACUGACUGGAGCUGGCCUACAGUCCCAGAAAUCCUCCUCGCUGAAGAAGGUAUCCAAGGAUGUGAGUGAGGUCACAUGGGGUCCAGAAGGCCGCUUCAAAGCAACGAUUCAACAUGCCCCUUUUGGUAUGGAAUUCUGGGCCGGCGACGACAAGCAAGUCGUGCUCAAUGGACGUGGAUUCAUGAACAUAGAGCACUGGCGUCCCAAGGUCGACAAGCCUACAGCUGAUGAGAAUGCCACUGGGGAAGCUGCAGCUGCUCCGUCUGAGGAUGAAAGCACUUGGUGGGAGGAGAGCUUUGGCGGCAACACAGACUCUAAGCCCAAAGGCCCUGAGAGUGUAGCCAUGGACAUCACAUUCCCCGGAUAUGGCCACGUUUUCGGACUUGCAGAACACGCUGGACCGUUGUCCUUGAAACAAACACGCGGCGGAGAUGGUAAUUACGACCAACCGUACCGCAUGUACAACAGUGACAUUUUCGAGUAUGAGCUUGAUAGUCCGAUGACACUUUACGGUUCUAUUCCAUUCAUGCAAGCUCACAAGAAGGACUCCACCGUCGGUGUUUUCUGGCUGAAUGCUGCCGAAACCUGGGUUGACAUCACGAAACCCUCUCACGGCGGAAACCCUCUCACUCUCGGUCUGAGUGGAGGUGUCGUCGACACCCAAACACAUUGGAUGUCAGAGAGCGGUCUCUUGGAUGUUUUCGUCAUGCUCGGUCCAACUCCUCAAGAACUCUCAAAGUCUUACGGCGAGUUGACUGGCUACACCCAGCUCCCGGCUUCUUUUUCCCUGGGUUAUCACCAAUGCCGAUGGAAUUACGUGAGCGAUGAGGAUGUCAAGGACGUGGAUCGGAAAUUUGACAAGCACAAUAUCCCGUACGACGUGAUCUGGCUUGACAUUGAAUAUACUGAUGACAAGCAAUACUUCACGUGGGAUCCUCACACGUUCCCAGACCCUAUCUCCAUGGAGAAGCAGUUAGAUGAGACUGAACGCAAGCUUGUGGUUAUCAUCGAUCCACAUAUCAAGAACAAGGGUGGUUACACGGUCGAUGAAGAGCUCAAGAGCAAGGGGCUAGCGGUGAAAAACAAAGAAAACAACGUCUUCGAAGGAUGGUGCUGGCCUGGCAGCUCACACUGGAUUGAUGCGUUCAAUCCCGCAGCCAGAGCUUGGUGGAAGACUUUGUUCAGCUAUGACCGAUUCAAGGGCACGAUGAACAACGUCUGGUUGUGGAACGAUAUGAAUGAGCCUUCAGUGUUUAAUGGCCCAGAGAUCACAAUGCCGCGGGACAACAUCCAUCAUGGAAACUGGGAGCAUCGAGACGUACACAACAUCAACGGCAUGACCUUCCACAAUGCCACUUAUCACGCACUACUUGAACGUAAGAAGGGCGAAGUCCUGCGGCCUUUUAUCUUGACGAGAUCAUUUUAUGCUGGGUCCCAACGAUCAGCUGCAAUGUGGACCGGAGAUAACCAAGCCAAUUGGGACCAUCUUGCCGUCUCAAUUCCGAUGAUACUGAAUCAGGGAGUAAGUGGCUAUCCAUUUGCUGGCGCCGACGUUGGAGGUUUCUUUGGCAACCCCAGCAAAGAGCUCCAGACUCGUUGGUAUCAGGCUGGUGUGUUUUAUCCCUUUAUGCGUGGACAUGCGCAUAUCGACACACGCAGGCGCGAACCUUAUCUUUUGGGCGAGCCAUAUACGAGCAUUAUGGCACAAGCCAUUCGAUUGCGAUAUGCAUUGUUCCCCGCUUGGUAUACCGCCUUCCACGAAGCAUCAACAGAUGGCUACCCCAUAGUUCGCGCACAGUACUACGUUCACCCCGAAGACGAGAAGGGCUUUGCGAUAGACGAUCAGUUCUACCUUGGCUCGACCGGAUUGUUGGCCAAACCGGUCACCACUGAAGGCGCAGAAAGUGUCGAAAUCUAUCUCGCGGAUUCUGAGAAUUAUUACGAUUACUUCGACUACACUAUUUACAGCGGGGGUUCCAAGACCCACAAGAUCCAAGCACCACUAGACAAAAUCCCUUUGCUGAUGCAAGGUGGAAACAUUAUUCCGCGAAAGGAUCGACCUCGGAAGAGUUCUGGUCUCAUGAAAUGGGAUCCGUAUACGCUUGUCGUUGUCCUAGACAGCAACACUCAGGCUGCAGGCACCCUCUACGUUGACGAUGGCGAAACGUUCGAUUAUGAACAAGGAGCAUUCAUUCACCGAAGGUUUACUUUUGCCGGUGGUGAGCUGACAAGCACAAACAUUGGUACCAAGGGAGCGAAGACAGCCCAGUACCUAAAGGCUAUGAAAGAUGUAACUGUGGAGAAAAUCAUCGUGGUGAAUGCGCCAGCCGCAUGGUCAGAGAUGAAAGAGGUGUCCAUAACUGGGGAGGGCAUCAAAGGCACGGCUUCAGCGGAGCUGAUGUACUACGCGGCAGCAGGAGGCAAAGCCGCAUGGGCCGUCAUCCGAAGCCCUGGAGUGAGCAUUGGGGCAGACUGGGCCAUCUCUCUGUCAAAGGCCCCUGGCGAGAAAUCCGAAAUCUAA